UUGCACUCAGUCGCGGCGCGACGUCGCUCCCAUGGCAACUCUGGGACCUGAGCUCCUUGGCUCUUCUGGCAACUCGCUGCCCAACUGCUUCUAGGUUGGGCCCGAAGCCGAACUUACGUCUUAGGAGUCAGCUCAGCCAUUAUGCCCAGUGACACUCUUUGGGAAAUUGCAAAAGCUGAAGUGGAAAAAAGAGGAACCAGUGGAAGUGAACAUAAUGGAGUUGAAAUUGGAGAAAAAUCUGUUUUCUUCAUUGGCAGUAAAAACGGGGGAAAGACUACUAUUAUUCUAAGGUGUCUUGACAGGGAUGAGCCACCAAAACCAACCUUAGCUUUGGAAUAUACCUAUGGAAGAAGAGCAAAGGGCCACAACACACCUAAAGAUAUUGCUCACUUUUGGGAACUAGGUGGAGGAACCUCUUUAUUGGACUUAAUCAGCAUACCAAUCACAAGUGACACCUUAAGGACAUUUUCUGUUGUUCUUGUUUUGGAUCUUUCAAAACCAAAUGACCUUUGGCCCACCAUGGAAAAUCUGUUGCAAGCCACAAAAAGCCAUGUAGACAAAAUGAUAAUGAAGCUGGGAAAGACAAAUUCUAAAGCAGCUUCUGAAAUGAGACAGAAGAUUUGGAGUAAUAUGCAGAAAGAUCAUCCAGAUCGUGAACUCAUUGACCCAUUUCCAAUACCUUUGGUCAUAAUUGGAAGUAAAUAUGAUAUUUUCCAGGAUUUUGAUUCUGAGAAGAGAAAGGUCAUAUGCAGCACUCUGCGGUUUGUCGCACAUUAUUACGGAGCAUCAUUAAUGUUUACCAGUAAGUCAGAAGCUCUGUUACUAAAAAUACGUGGAGUUAUCAACCAGUUGGCAUUUGGCAUUGACAAAAGCAAAUCGAUAUGUGUGGAUCAGAAUAAACCACUGUUUAUCACAGCAGGAUUGGAUUCGUUAAGUCAAAUAGGGUCCCCUCCUGUUCCUGAUAAUGACCUUGGCAAGUUUCAUGCCCAUUCACCAAUGGACCUGUGGAAAAAAGUAUAUGAAAGGCUGUUUCCACCAAAGAGUGUCAACACAUUGAAAGAUGUCAAGGACCCUGCCCGAGAUCCUCAGUAUGCUGAAAGUGAAGUUGAUGAGAUGAGAAUACAGAAAGAUCAGGAGCUGGAACAGUACAAAAGGAGUUCUUCCAAGUCUUGGAAACAAAUUGAUCUUGAUUCUUGAACCUAACUCAGCUAUUCUGUGUCUACCUAUUUCUUUUUUCCCAAAUGCAAGUAAGUUUCUUUUAUUAACUAAUGUGACCCAAUGUGGAGAAAUUUAUGAUAUGUAAUUUUUUAAAGGAAAAGAGACAUUUCUUAUACUGGUGAAACUUCCUAGAUAUUUGAAGUCUUUUAAAAGGGGAAAAUGUGCAAGCAUCUAUAAUAUUGUUCUAAAAAAAAAUAAAAACCUUCCAUAGGCCCCCUGCAACAUGUUUCAGUGGCAUGCACUCCAUUUUGCAUGUAUGAUCCUGCUGUGAGUUAGUAAUACCAAUGCCAAAAUAUUUGAUUUCGACUGUAAUCAUGGGUUGAGUGUGCCUGUCAGACACAUUUCUUCUGCAGGCGUAAGAUGUACUCAGCUAUAGCUGGCAGAAAGGCUGCUCUGGGUUCACAGGUUUCGUGAUUUUACUCUUAACAGUGAGACACGUGAGAAGCACUUGAAGCCAUUAUUUUAAAAUGAACCUUCCUGAGUUCCCAUACUCACAGAUUCUUAAUCUGUGGUCUGGAAUGGAGAAUGUCUUGAUGAGUCUGGGAUAAGUAGGAACCUUCCCAAGGUGGGAUAAGCUUUGAUUAGCCCUCCACUUUUGCAGAUGUGUGUACCUGCUGGCCAAGUUUCAUUAAAGACUAAGUUUUGUUAUUAACCCAGCAAAUGAUUUAUUCUCUGCUUUCUGAUUCCAUGAAUAAAAUAUGCUGACUCAAAUAUGCCACACAUCCAGCUUCUAAAAAGAAUAGUCACACUCGUGGGUGAUAUAUGAGUGAUUGGAGAGCUCUGCAGGUUGCAGUGAAAAAGAACUUCACACACUGU